GGCGGAGGUUCCGGAUGCUGUGGCUGCGGCUCUGUCCGCGCCGCUGCCUCACCCGCAUGUCCGGGGCGCAGAAGCGGCUCCGCGCGAUGGUUCGCAUCGGGACCCACGACGGCUCCUUCCACUGCGACGAGGCUCUGGCCUGCUUCCUGCUGCGGCAGCUGCCGGAGUAUCGGGAGGCGGAGAUUGUUCGGAGCCGGAAUGCCAAGCUGCUCGCGGAAUGUGACGUGGUGGUGGACGUGGGCGGCGAGUAUGUGCCUGAGAGACACCGAUACGAUCACCAUCAGAGGACCUUCUCGGAGAGUAUGUACAGCCUCCAGCCGGAGAAUCCCUGGGUCACUAAACUGAGCAGUGCCGGGCUGGUCUUCUUUCACUUCGGGAAGAGAAUCCUGUCUACGCUGCUGGGGAAGGAGGAGGGAGACCCACAGCUGCCAGCCCUGUACAAUAAGAUGUACGAAAACUUCAUCGAGGAAAUUGACGCCAUAGACAACGGGAUUUCGCAGCACGACGGAGAGUCGCGAUAUGCUUUGACCACGAACCUGAGUUCCCGUGUCGGCUACCUCAACCCGCCCUGGAACGAGGAGGAACAGGACACGGAGGCAGGUUUCCGUAAGGCCAUGGAGUUGGUGGGGACAGAGUUUCUGGACAGGCUGCAGUUUUUCCACAAGUCCUGGCUCCCGGCUCGAACUCUGGUAGAGGAAGCCAUCAGGAAGCGAUAUGAGGAGGAUCCCAGUGGUGAGAUACUGGUGAUGGCGAGGGGAGGCUGCCCUUGGAAAGAGCAUCUCUUUAACCUGGAGAAGGAGCUGAAGGUCGAGAAACCCAUAAAGUUUGUGCUUUACGUAGACCAAAGUGGGCAGUGGCGGGUCCAGUGCGUGCCCAAGGGACUGCACACUUUCCAGAACAGGCUGUCGUUGCCAGAGGAGUGGAGAGGCGUUCGGGACGAGGCGCUGUCUGCUCUGAGCGGGAUCCCGGACUGCGUGUUCGUCCACAGCGCGGGAUUCAUCGGAGGGAACAAGUCGAAGGCGGGAGCGCUGGAGAUGGCGAGGAGGAGCCUCCGGGACCAGUCCGGUGACGGCGACACCGCUGUCUGACCGUCACCGCGGCUGCGUUUCAACUUCCAACACGAUUUAAAUUAAAAAAAUAUUUUUUUUUUGCAUCAA